CGCUGGCCCGUUUGUGAAUGAGCAGCAGAGAGUAGCGCAGCACCUCAGAUCAGAGUCCCAGCCAAGCCCAGGAGCGGAGAGAGAGGGAGAGAAAGAACGAGAGGAAGGAAAAGUUGGCCAAAUGGAGUUCUUUACAGGAGUCAGACCUUUAUUAUUUUCAUAUGUACUCAUUAACGGCAUACUAAUCACUUUGCAGACUAAAGAAGAGGUGCUUUUGGAUAUGAGGGCAACAGGAGGAGAGCUGGGCUGGCUGACAUGGCCUUUAGAUCAGGGGGACAAACCCGGGUGGGAGGUCAUCCAGCGAACCCUGAAUGGCUCUCAGUUCUACACCUUCUCUGUCUGCAACGUCGGAGAGCGUGAACAGGACAACUGGCUUCGCACCACCUUCAUCCAGCGCCGUCUGUCGGCUUCGCGGGUCUUCGUGGAGCUCCAGUUCAUCGUACGUGACUGCAACUCGUUCGACGGUGCCUCGCUGACCUGCAAAGAAACUUUCAACCUCUUCACGUCCGAGUCGGACGCGGACGUGGGCACCACCUUCCGCAAGGGCCAGUUUAAGAAAGUGGCCACCAUCGCGCCUGACGAGAUCACCAGCAAAAACGAGCUGCGCAUCAACACCGAGACGAAAGUGGUGGAGAACCUGUCUCGGAAAGGCUUCUACUUGGCCUUUCAAGACAUCGGAGCCUGCAUCGCUCUUCUCUCCGUCAGGGUCUACUAUAAAACUUGCCCGGCCACAGUCAAGAGUCUUGCUUCGUUCCCCGAGACCGUGGCCGGAGGUGAGAACCAGGCGCUGAGGGAAGUGAGCGGGGUGUGCGUGGAGAACGCCAUCAGCGAGGAGCUGCCUCGCAUCUACUGCACUGUCGAUGGGGAGUGGGUGGUGCCAGUCGGACAGUGCCAGUGCAAACCAGGCUAUGAAGAAGUUGAAGACGAGUGUCAAGAGUGUAAGACUGGCUUCUUCAAGGCAGAGGCGUCCGGGGACAAGUGUACGCCAUGUCCAGCCAACACCCAAGAGCUGGACUCUGGAGCUGUGGUCUGUCCCUGCAUGGAUGGCUUUUACCGGGCCCUAAAUGACCCCCCUACUGGACCCUGCUCAGGACUCCCGUCUGCCCCACGUGACCUCGUUGCCACCACCAGCGCAGGAAAACUCCUCCUCACCUGGAGCCCGCCUGAAGACACCGGAGGUCGCACGGACAUCACCUACAGUAUUGAAUGCCAGCGCUGUGAGGGGAUGGUGUGCCAGUCCUGCGGAGAGAAAAUCCGUUAUGAGCCGGCCAGCGUGGGUCUGACUGACACCAAGGUUUCUGUGAGCGAGCUGGACGCUCACCUCAACUACACCUUCACCGUGGAGGCACACAGCGGCGUGACGCUGCUCACUAGCCAGGCGGUGCCACCAGCUAAUAGACCGCCAUCCACCAGCGCUCUGACUACAUCCCUGCUCUACACAGAUCCCCCAAAGAUCACUGCGAUGCGAGUGAUGGAGAGGAGCUCCACAAGCUUGUCCCUCUUCUGGGAUGUAAAGCCACGGGUCCACGCCCGGCCCAUCCGCUAUGAACUUACCUACCGCAAGAAGGAUGAUAACCUGGAUGUGACGACCUACACCGUGCUCAUACUGGAGAAGAACUCUGUACAGAUCAAAGACCUGGUCCCGGGCACGGCCUACCUGUUCAGGGUGCAGGCCCUCAGCAGCGAUGGCAGCCCUGGAGGCUCCAGCAUGGAGGAGCAGUUUGAGACCUCAGAACACCUCACGCAAAACAACACGGCAGUGAUCUUUGGCGUAGCCGCCGGAGGAGCGGCCAUGUUGUUCAUUGUGAUCGUGGUGCUAUUCCUGCGCAGACGGAAGAGGAACUCUCACACCAGGCAAGGACCAGAGGACACCUACUUCUCCAGCUCAGAGCAACUGAAGCCUCUGAAGACCUACGUGGAUCCACACACAUACGAGGACCCCAACACAGCCGUCCUGAAGUUUGCCACUGAAAUCCACCCCAGCCACAUAACCAAACAGAAAGUCAUCGGAGCUGGAGAGUUUGGUGAGGUGUACCGCGGUAUUCUGAAGGUGCCGGGGAGGAAAGAAGUAGCGGUGGCCAUCAAGACAUUGAAACCAGGCUACACAGAGAAGCAGAGGCAGGACUUCCUGAGCGAGGCCUCCAUCAUGGGCCAGUUCUCCCACCAGAACAUCAUUCGUCUGGAAGGGGUGGUCACCAAAUGUAAGGACUUCUUCAAACAUGCCAUGAUUGUGACAGAAUACAUGGAGAAUGGAGCACUGGACAGGUACCUUCGGGACCACGAUGGCGAGUUUGCCUCCUUCCAGCUGGUGGGCAUGCUGCGUGGCAUUGCUGCGGGCAUGAAGUACCUCUCUGACAUGAGCUACGUGCACCGUGACCUAGCAGCCCGCAACAUCCUCGUCAACAACACCCUGGAGUGUAAAGUGUCCGACUUCGGCCUGUCCCGGGUGCUGGAGGACGAUCCUGAGGGGACGUACACCACAAGCGGAGGUAAGAUCCCCAUUCGCUGGACGGCUCCAGAGGCAAUAGCAUACAGGAAGUUCACCUCAGCGAGCGACGUGUGGAGUUUUGGCAUCGUCAUGUGGGAGGUCAUGGCCUUUGGAGAAAGGCCUUACUGGGACAUGAGUAACCAUGAGGUGAUGAAGGCGAUCAACGAGGCUUUUAGACUCCCGGCGCCGAUGGACUGUCCCUCAGCCGUCUACCAGCUGAUGUUGCAGUGCUGGCUCCAGGAUCGCUCCAAGAGGCCGCGCUUCGGAGACAUCGUCAGCCUGCUGGACAAGCUGCUGCGGAGCCCCGACUCCCUGAAGACCAUCGCAGACUUCGACCCACGCAUAUCCAUUCGCCUGCCCAGCACCAGCGGCUCAGACGGUUCCCCCUUCAGGUCGGUGUCGGAGUGGCUGGAGUCCAUCAAGAUGAGUCAGUACAGCGAGAACUUCGCCUGCGCCGGCGUCGUCACCAUGGACCAGGUCCUGCAGAUGAAGAACGAGGAUAUUAAGAACAUCGGGGUGAGGCUGCCCGGCCAUUUGAAAAGAAUCGCCUACAGCAUCCUGGGCUUAAAAGACCAGACAAGCACCCUGAGCGUGUUUGCCGUGUGAUCGUGACAACGGAGUGGAAUGAAAUUUCGGGGCAGGGACGCAGGCAGCCCUUUGAACUCUUAAGCUGAGCUGGAGCAAAACUGCAGGGACGGCUUCGGAUCGGCAGGACCAAGAGAACUGUGCCAUCCUUCGGGGGCCGACUGAAUCGGACUGACUUACUGUACAUUUUUUUUUUUUUUGAUUUCUUCAUCUUAUCCACACGGGAAUCAAGCAAAUAUACAACAAUAGAUGUAUCAAGUAGACUCUGUAUAUUUAGAUUUCUAUUUUAUUACCCAAGUCGUCUGUACAGAUACAAUUCAUCGCUCGUACAUUUAUUUUUUUUUCUCUUCAUUUCGCAUUCCUGCUUUAUAAGAAAAAUCAACAAUCAAACCGGUUCUGGGAAGAGCUUCAGAAUUGCACCCAGAGCCUGUUGCGUCAGUCGUGAAACAAACAAGGGAAGCACAGUAAGUGUGAUAGCAUGGGAGAGUCCAGCCCCGGCUCAGGUUGUGGUCGGCGCUGAUGUCACGGCGUCUCCCUUUAAUUGGCACUUUGGUCCAUUUCCUGUCAGACCAAUGAGGAUGGAGAGCGUCUAGAGGGGCUGAGGUGAGCUUGAGCUGGCCCGGUUAAGUUUAAAGAGUUUGGCGUGUAAACGCAGAUGGACUUGGUGUUGUUUCUGGCCUUCUGCUGGCUCUGCGCAGAAAUUAAGCUAUAAUCAUAUAAGUGAUGUUAUAUGAAAAAAAAAAAAAGAGAGAGGAUAUAUAUGAGGUACUUCGUGUGUACAGAUUCACUUUUUUUUUGUUUGUUUGUUUUGUUUCUUUGUGUUUGGGAAAUUUACCAAAAACAAGUUAUAAUGUAGCACUUGGAUUUAGAGAUUCUCAUUGUCUCGGUUUGUCUCGGAAGAAUUGCAAGAAAAAAGGGCUAUUACACACAAAAUCCUGAAUGAAAAGAAAUGAUGUGGAAGUGUGGAUGGAAUCAAAUUAGAAUGCAAUUCAUCUGCUUUGUAGCACGACAGCAAUGAGGAGGAAGAGUUUGCCAGAACGGAGAUACCCUGAAAAAAAAAAAAGAAAAAAAAGAAGAAGACCUUAAAGAUGAUGACUCUUGUUGUGGUUGAGAUGAUUUCAUACUUAAUAAUAGUUUGGUUUGCAAUUUCAACGUCUCAUUUAGUUUUGUAGAUGCUGUAAAAAAGAAAAAAGAAAACAUUCAUGCAUAUUUCUGUUGACGGGAUGAAGCUGUGUGCUCUGACAGCGUGGAGCUCCUCUCGUUCAGGAAGCUUAAAGACAUUUUAAAGUGCCUGUUUGUGGAACAUUAGCGGGUGUGUGUGCAGCGGACGGUUUCCCCAGUGCUCUUGAUUGAUGACUGCAAAUCAUUGUGUUACUGAUGUACACCUUCCUUUACUUGAAUUUUGACUGUGUUUUCAAAUGUAUCUAUGAUUCCUCUGUAGCUGAUAGAUCCAUCUUUGGAAAAGGGAUUAUUUUUUUCUUCUUUUAAUUGUUAUUACUCUGGUUUUAAUGGUUGCAACUGCAUUUCACAUUUUGUAUGAUUUCACCAUCUACCAUAUAACCAAACUGAUUAUUUUCACUUUCCAAAGCGGUGUCUCCUACUUUUGCUGCCUUCUUGAGAUCUUCCUUCAUCAAAGAGCAAACUUCCUUCUUUUUUUUUGCCUGUUGUUUUAUACUGUAUUUAAUAGCCUAUUUAUUUUUUACUUUUAUUUAUUUAUACUGAUAAAAACACUGAGCUGGAAUUGUAAUUGAAGGUUGUUCUCUCAUUCUCAAUGACAAUAAUAAUAAUAAAAUAAA